GUCGCCAUGAUGUUUCCUGUUUCUUUUCCGUCAUCGCAGUCAGGCACGAAAGACAGUUCAAGAUGGCCACCUCAUCGUCUCACCUUAACUGGUUGAUUAUCCGCAACAACAACGCUUUCUUGUUGAAAAAGACUGAUGUCAAGAAACCUUUCAGCACUGAGCCAAACAACCUUACAAACAUCAGUUCGUACAGGUACAGUGGCUUGGUACACAAGAAGACCCUCGGAGUCGUCCCUGCCAAGAAGGGCUUCACCGUCGUCAUGAAGAAGGGUAAACAUCAGAACCGCCCAUCAAAGAACACCGUUCGUGUGACCAUGAAAGCCGGACCCAGACGCUCUUUGAAGAAGUUGAGGAACCUCAUCACCGGAAGCAAAUACCGUUCAGAUUUGAAGCAGGCUGCUCUCCGCAAAGCUUCAGCUAUCUUAAGGUCACAAAAGCCAGCUCCAGUCAAGAAGGCAAAGAAGGCCGAAUAAGUUCUAGUGGCAGUUUUACUAUAAAGAGAAAUACAUUUUUUAAAAGUUAUUGACAUA